UAAAAUUUGUAUAAAAAACAACAUGCACAGGUAAAUCUGAAUAAAUCUGGUUUUGAAGACGAGGAUUUGCCCACAAUGGGCUGAACUGUAAGUUUUAACGCAUCAUGUAAGAAUGUGUGUGUGCGUGCGUGUCCGCAUGGUAAUAUGAAUGUGUGUGUAUGUCCGUGUGUUUAGUUUUGAGUUUUCAGUCCUUGAAUGAUUCAGAUUGCGUGAUUUCAUUGGAAGGAGAAAGGAGACAUCUAAGCUUUCUGGUUUGCGCUGGGGUCCCCGGCGCAUGCAAUCAGAACCCCCUCAUGGGUGCUAUUUUGCUAUCACAGAAGCUCGUGAUUGGUCAACCACUGAUCAGAUGGUAUAGUUCCCCUCUGUCCCACACUGGCACCUCGCCACCCCCUUUCAGCUAAAACCCAAUCUCCGAUAAACUACUAAUAGCUAAACCACUUGGAAUAUAUAACACAACAAAUCAUAAACCCAGGAAAAGAACGGUACCCUCCCAAUGAGUUCCUAUUUUGUAAAUUCAACUUUCCCUGUUACUCUGCCCGGAGGACAAGAGUCUUUCUUGGGACAGAUACCGUUAUACUCUUCUGGAUACACGGAUCCUUUAAGACACUAUCCCGGAGCUGCAUAUGGAGCUACCAGUGUCCAGGACAAGUCUUACCCAUCUUAUUAUCACCAAACUAACAGUGGCUACGGCCGGACAAAUACCGCUGCUAGUGCGUGCGAUUAUGCAGCAGCCAGUUUUUACAGAGAAAAGGACCCCGCCUGCGCGUUCGCCAGCCUAGAAGAACAUUCGCUUGUUCUAAGCCCAGACCAGCGGAAAUCAGACUCUACAGGGCAAAGUAAAAAUAUAUUCGCUGAUAACGAUGAACUGAAGUCGUCUGCACCAGUCUAUCCGUGGAUGCAAAGGAUGAAUUCGUGCAAUGGGACUUUUGGGAACACCGGCCGCAGAGGUCGUCAAACCUACACCCGAUACCAGACGCUGGAGUUAGAGAAAGAGUUUCAUUUUAACAGGUAUCUGACCAGGCGGCGUCGAAUUGAGAUUGCGCACGCACUGUGCCUGACUGAACGCCAGAUAAAGAUUUGGUUCCAGAACCGCCGGAUGAAGUGGAAAAAAGAAAACAAACUGAUAAACUCUUCACAAAACACAGCUGACGAGGAAGAAGAAAAGAGGACGGAAUAAUGGACAAGAAAAAGGGAAAAAAAUGCAAAUGACUAGUGUGCAAUUGAAUAAAAUCGAGUUGCCUCUUUUUAAAAAUGUGCAGCAGUUUAGUCAUGCUAAGAAAUGGUGUAGCAUUCCAAACGUUUAUCGCAUUUCCAUUUGUGAUUUUUUACUAUUUCGGGAAAACUAUAUGUUUGUGCCUCGUCUUCUCUUAUGACUAAGUACCGUGUCAAAACUAAUUGAAAUACGUGUCAUUCUCAUUAUGAUAUUUACGCAGUAUGUAAUUAAAAGGAAACUGCUCCUAACACAUUGAUAUAGUGUAUUUCCUUUGAAUCUCUCUUUGAAUGUUACCGACGUGCAAACUCUGCGAAAGAAUAAUAAGCGAAUUUAUUACAGAGUGCAAAGCAGAUUACAAAAAUUGACAACACUAUUUAUGUUUUAUUAAUUUUAUAUGUAAAUGUGUUUGUACAUUUGUGCUGGGAGGUAUCUAAUCAGUCAGUAUGUUUUGGUAAUUUUAAAAGCUAAAUAACUUGUUGUAGGUGUAAUAAGGAUACAUUUUGGACAACAGCCUGUCUAAUAAACUCCAGUGAAAAGUAGUUUAAAGAUUUUCUGACGGUUUCAGUUUUGCUGCCAUAUUAAAUCAUACCUUCCGCUUCA